AUGCUACCUGAUUUUAGUACUGUGUGGCUGAUUAAGACCAAAGCUACUGACGCUAUCAACACCGCUGAAACCAAAGCUGACGAAACCGGCAAAACCGUCACUGACUCCGCGAAGGAGUUCGAGUCCAAGGUUGAAUCCUCUCUUGAGGAUGCUAAGAAACAAGGCGAGUCUGCUCUGAACGAUGCUAAAGACAAGGCUGAGACUGCCGUUGACGACGUGAAGGAUAAGACUGCUGCUGCAUUAGGUGACUCCAAAGACAAGUCUGACAGUGCUGCUACUGAUGCUGAGGGUAAAGCUCAGGAGACUGCUAAGACUGAGGAGACCAAGACCGGCUUGAAAAAGUAUCUUGCCAAGUUCAAGAAGGUCUUCAACAUCUAA